AGUAGCGGCGCUGAGCGCAGGCUGGGAAUAGGAGGCCAAGGGCCGCAGCUCGAGCCGUCUCAGUACAGUGUACCGGAGCAUUAGCCUGCUUGAAGCCCCGGGAUUGGCCCGAGGACACGUCCUGAGCGCGGCCACCGCCCAGCCGCCCUCACCUGGAUUAUCUACCGCAGCAGUUGGAGCGGAGCUAGAGAGCAGGCGAGGCCAGAGGAAAGCCCCGAGCAGAGCCUGGCUUUUCAGGGACCCCUCCGCGGGGUGGACGCUCGGGAAAGCGAGGUCCUGAACGGAGCCAGCUUCAGAGCCGGCGGGUGGAGAGAGAGACGCCCUAGGGGAUGGCAGCCGCGUCCUGUAGCCCCUCCGGCUGGGCGCUACUGCUGCUGGUGGCACUUUGGCAGCAGCGCGCCGCCGGCUCGGGAGUCUUCCAGCUGCAGCUGCAGGAGUUUGCCAACGAGCGAGGCGUAUUGGCUAGUGGGCGGCCGUGCGAAUCCGGCUGCCGGACCUUCUUCCGCGUCUGCCUUAAGCACUUUCAGGCUGUCGUCUCUCCCGGACCCUGCACCUUCGGCAGUGUUUCUACUCCUGUGCUGGGCACUAACUCCUUCGCCGUCGGGGAUAACAGUAGCGGCGGGGGACGCAACCCUCUCCAACUGCCUUUCAAUUUUACCUGGCCGGGUACCUUCUCACUCAUCAUCGAAGCUUGGCACGCGCCAGGAGACGACCUGCGACCAGAGGCCUUGCCACCAGACGCACUCAUCAGCAAGAUCGCCAUCCAGGGCUCUCUAGCUGUGGGCCAGAAUUGGUUACUGGAUGAGCAGACCAGCCCCCUCACAAGGCUGCGCUACUCUUACCGGGUCAUCUGCAGUGACAACUACUAUGGGGACAGCUGCUCACGCCUGUGCAAGAAGCGCAAUGACCACUUCGGCCACUACGUAUGCCAGCCAGAUGGCAGCCUGUCCUGCCUGCCUGGCUGGACUGGGGAGUACUGCGACCAGCCUGUCUGUCUUUCUGGCUGUCAUGAGCAGAAUGGCUACUGCAGCAAGCCAGCAGAAUGCAUCUGCCGCCCAGGCUGGCAGGGCCGCCUCUGCAAUGAAUGCAUCCCCCACAACGGCUGUCGCCAUGGUACCUGCAGCACCCCCUGGCAGUGCACCUGUGAGGAGGGCUGGGGAGGCCUGUUCUGUGACCAAGAUCUCAACUACUGCACCCAUCACUCCCCGUGCAGGAAUGGGGCAACGUGCUCCAACAGUGGGCAGCGGAGCUACACCUGCACCUGUCGCCCAGGCUACACUGGUGUUGACUGUGAGCUGGAGCUCAGCGAGUGUGACAGCAACCCCUGUCGCAAUGGAGGCAGCUGUAAGGACCAGGACGAUGGCUACCGCUGCCUUUGUCCCCCUGGCUACUAUGGCCUGCACUGUGAACACAGCACUUUGACCUGUACUGACUCCCCCUGCUUCAAUGGUGGCUCCUGCCGGGAGCACAGCCAGGGGGCCAGCUAUGCCUGUGAAUGCCCCCCCAACUUUACUGGCUCCAACUGUGAGAAGAAAGUAGACAGAUGUACCAGCAACCCGUGCGCCAAUGGGGGCCAGUGCCUGAAUCGAGGUCCUAACCGCUUGUGCCGCUGCCGUCCUGGAUUCACGGGCGCCCACUGUGAGCUCCACAUUAGUGACUGUGCCCGCAGCCCUUGUGCCCAUGGUGGCACUUGCCAUGACCUGGAGAAUGGGAUAGUGUGCACCUGCCCUGCCGGCUUCUCUGGCCGGCGCUGUGAGGUGCGGACACCUAGUGAUGCCUGUUCGUCGGGACCCUGCUUGAAUGGGGCCACCUGCUACACUGGCCUCUCCCUGGACAACUUCGUCUGCAACUGCCCCUAUGGUUUUGUGGGCAGCCGCUGCGAGUUCCCCGUGAGCAUGCCGCCCAGCUUCCCCUGGGUGGCUGUCUCCCUGGGCGUGGGGCUGGUGGUGGUACUGGUGUUGCUGGGCAUGGUGGCAGUGGCUGUGCGGCAGCUGCGGCUUCGGCGGCCCGACGAUGGCAGUAGGGAAGCCAUGAACAACUUGUCGGACUUCCAGAAGGACAACCUGAUCCCCACCACCCAGCUCAAGAACACAAACCAGAAAAAGGAGCUGGAAGUGGACUGUGGCCUGGAUAAGUCCAACUGCGGCAAACAGCAAAACCACACAUUGGACUAUAAUCUGGCCCCAGGAUCCCUGGGGCGAGGCACCAUGCCAGGGAAGUAUCCCCACAGUGACAAGAGCUUAGGGGAGAAGGCGCCACUGCGGUUACACAGUGAAAAGCCAGAGUGUCGGAUAGCAGCGAUAUGCUCCCCAAGGGACUCCAUGUACCAGUCGGUGUGUUUGAUAUCAGAGGAGAGGAAUGAAUGUGUCAUUGCCACAGAGGUAUAAGGCAGGAGCCUUCCCAGGACAUACCAGCUUUGCCCCAGCAGCUGGACCUUCCUUCUGCACUGUUUACAUUGCAUCCUGGAUGGGACAUUUUUAAUAUGCAACGUGCUGCUCUCAGGAGGAAGAGGGAAUGGCAUGAACUGGAUAGACUAUGAACUUGCCAAGAGAUGCAGUUCCCUUCCACACCUUUGGGUGUUUGUCUGGCAUCCUAUUGGCAGGCACACCAGCCAGGGGAACAGAGGAGAGGUGCCACUUGGACCUACCUUUCCAGCAGCGGCCUUCAGAGGGCUCCUUUUGGGUUCUGGCCUGUUUUCCAGAGGGCGUGACAGUGGUCCUGUGAGGCCUGGAGCUGCUGUGACCUCCACUGGCAUCUGUGUUUCCAAAAGUGCCUUUGGCCCAGGCUCCAUGGCGACAGCUGGGUCCAAAUCAGAGAGGAGAGAGGAAGCCAGUAAGGGCAGAGCCAUCUGUGGGCUGGGAGACCAUUGGGUGUGGCUCUUGGCAGGAGUUUCCCUGCAGGUGAGGUGAGCACCUGAAAUGGGGGAGCACUUUCUGCUCCAUGCCUCCAACUACUGCACGUGGGCCAUGCUCACAACACCUCUGUGGCCUCUCCUUGGCCCAGGCCCUCUGGGCAAGGAUGUUUGCCAAGCCUCCCCUGGCUUCCACCACUUUUGGCCUCACAUGCCUCCUGAGGUGAGUCCUCAGUGGGCUCCUGUGAGCAGACAAGCGGAGCAUCUGCCUGGGGCACCAGGCCUACCUGGGGAGCUCAGGGCAGUGAUGCUGGAAAUCCCAGUGAGGGAGAAAUCGGGCGCUGUUGCCACCUAGGCCUUCUCCUCCCUCGGGCCCGUUCCUGUGGCCUCGAGCCUGGGCUCUGCCCACACCCACUACUGCCCCAGACCAACCUUGAAGCUGAUCUUCAGAAAUCAAUAAUAUGAGUUUUUAUUUUGUUUUUUGUAGUUUAUUUUGGAGUCUAGUAUUUCGAUAAUUUAAGAAUCAGAAGCACUGACCUUUCUACAUUUUAUAACAUUAUUUUGUAUAUAACGUGUAUUUAUAAUGUGGAACAGAUGUGUACAGGA